AUGCCGUACUCCGUAGUGGAAAUAAUCGGAAAUACCGAGAGCAAGAAAUUGCUAACAGUGCCAGAAACGUGGAUUGUUUCGAAGAAUGAUGCGAUAGGGUAUUUGUACUGGCCGGGUGUGAAAAGCGAUGUUUCGUUGAAAGAAAUGAUGGCGAAUGAACACAGCACUCCAUCGGCUUCAUGGGGGAAAAAAAUAUGUAAAAUUAUCUACCGGGGCAUUCCCUCCUUAACAUCGGCCCAAAAAACUUUGGAAAUCUUGCAAAAGCAGUACAAAUUGAAUAUACGCGUAAUUACUCGUGGAGUGAAGAAAAAUGAUCAGCAUAGCAUGAAUCCAAUUCAAAACACUGCAUCAUGCAGAGCAGUGCAAACGUUUGUUGCGAAGGAUCUGCCGACUAGCAAUGCAACCCAACAACUGUACAAUUAUAUGAAUCCACUGGAGGAUGAGGAUCCAUUUGGGGAUCUUCCGGUUCCAAAACUGUCGACAGAAAACUUGUACACAUGCUGCGAUCCGAAGGAAGAGAACGAUCCUUUCGGUGAUCUAUUUCCAGUAACAUCACAAUUGAACCUUGCUACUGAGAGUAAUCCGACACGAAACAAGCCUCUAAACGAGCCCGCUUUUGCUGUUGGGGAAAGUGAUGAUCCGAGUGGUAACGAUGCACAGAAUUGGUCUUCCCGUGCCGAGAGGCUCGACCCACCGGAAGAUGUGAAACAUUCUUCUCAGUUAUACGAUCUCAUAUAUGAGCUGAAGAACAUAAUAAUAAGCAAUAAGGAAGAGAUAAAGCAAAACAUACGAGAAAGUUUCAAUCGAAUGCAAGAAACCAUAUUGACGUUGAUUACACAAAAUGCACAGAUGGGUUCGAACCACACAGAGAGUAAAACAGCUGAGCUGGGUGAUUGUUAUGUGCACACGUUAAAAACCGUAGAAGAUGUGAAACGUCUCGACGAUCAGCUAAGAAAUACAGAAUUUCGAAAGAAGGUUAUAACCUUCGUAGAUUCAAACAUACAAUAUGAGACAAAACCACUGAGACGAAUGAAAAUAAUAUUUGAUAUGCUAUUCGACGGUAAUUUGUUUUAUCAGCUCAACUGGACCGGAAAGUAUGGCAAACAUCAAUUGAAAAAAUACUUCAACAUAAGAAAACUAUUUGAAUACAUAGGCAGCACUUCAAUGCAUCGCUCCAGUCAAGCUGAAGUAUCCAAUUUUUUCAUAAAGACAUUUUAUAACAGAAUGCGAGGGCUAAUACAGGCCCAAGGAAAGGGAAUCUCCCGUAAUGCUGAGGCGUGCAGUUCGAAGACUAUUGAUUCGACACAAGAGAAAACGAUACCAAACGUUCUUUUGGACGCAAAAUAUGAAGGUAUAGAACGGAAAGAUACAGCGAAGAAAGGCAAACGGAUUGAACAGGAUAAGAUGAUUGAAGAAAGUGAAAGCAUUGCACAGGAUGAAAGUAUGGAACAUGAUGAGAGUAUGGAACAGGAUGAAGGAGAAAACAGGCAAACAUUGUCAAACGUAGAUAGUUCCCAUGUAGCAUCAUCCGGAAAAAUCCUGACAGAAAAAUAUGUCAAGCGCAUUACAUGUGUACAAGAACUGGAUACAUUUGAAGAACAACUGAACGACGUGAAGGUUAAACAGCAAGUGCAAAUAUGGAUCGAGAAAACCGUUGGUCCGGUGACCAAUGUAGACAAACGCAUGAAUGAUUUGCUGGACCGGUUAAUUGACAAAAAAGUAUUGCGAACCUUCAGUUGGAUGGAUGCAAAUAGUGGAAAACUGCCUUUGGAAAGCUAUGACAAUUUUGUUAAACUUUUUGAAUAUGCCAGCAGAUCCGUGAUACAUCAUACCAUCAUAUUUAACCAUGGUUACGUUUCCAAUUUCUUUUUGAAUUGCAUUAGCAACAUUGAAGGGUGA